UCUGUGGAAAUGCUGAUUUAUACACGCUGAUUUUUGCAGUGAAUACGUUUGCAGUGUUUCUUCAAGUUUUCUCAUGUUCUGGAGUGUCUCUUUACAGUUUCUACCUUUUUCCGACUGUUCACUGAAUAAACAGACACGCAGUGCUACACAGCACAGAUAAAUCCGAAAAACAGUGGAUACCAGAUUACAAAAUAUUGGUUAAGAUGAGUUCAUUCCGGUUGAGCAUUAAUGCGAUCGUACUAUCGUGAUGGAAGAUUUGGAAAGACACGAUGAAACGCAAACUGCACGAACAGACGCUUCUCUGUACGAACCCAGUGCUGACAAAUCGCAACUGGACCAAACAGACAUGGAUGCUCUGUUGCGUGGACAUUUCAGCGAGGAUUUUCAGCCGACACAGACGACUUUCCCGUCCGGCUUUCGCAAAGUGGUCCCUCCAUGCGAGCUUCAUGGCUUCAUGGGUGCCUCAGCGACAUUUCGUCAAUUUUUGCCGUCCCUUUCGUACUGCAGUAUGUACGCAGAUCUGAGCAAUUCCCGCGACGUGAUGCUGCAGAAAGCCGGUGGCGCAGUGUGCGCGGCAUACGAAAUCGCCUACGGCGAUCAAAUUGCUGUGUUCUCCGCCUUCAUGGCAUCCGCCCUCGAAGCCCACCAGAAACCGUAUCAGCCACAGACGUCACUGCAGCGUUACCUGGUGGGAAUGCACGAAAAACGCCAUAAGGACAAAGCCCGUCUGGCGCAGUUUGUUGCCAUGCUUCCUGGAUUUGAUAGUGUCAGUCAGACGGAUCGCGAUAUUUUAAUAGCGGAAAAAGGGUUCAUCAGUACUUUGCUGCACCAUAUGAGGUACGUCUACAAGGGGGAAUAUUAUUGCACAUUACCGGGUCCCGAGCAAAUUCACGCCGGCAACUACUGGAUGGACCUUAUGGGUGUGGAUCCGGAAUUCCGCCGGUUCUGUCUUAGGUUUAGCGCUGUAUUCAACGGAAUCGGGCUGACGCUGACGGAGACCUAUCUCCUCUUGGCCGCUGUGUUUUUCGAUCCACGCACCACCAGUGCUGCGGACAAAGAAAUACUUGCGCAUCUGCACGUGUUUUAUAUGGAUGCCCUAACGUACAUGAUCGGAUUUGUUCGCCGCGAGAACCCGGCGGAGCGCGCCGUUGUGUACCAUCGGCUGGCCGAAGCAGCAAAGAUGUUCCCCGCGGUGCACCAAAUGUCUCUUGAUUGGUACGUUACAGAGCGGACCUUGCCUCCUUUACCCGCACCGUCGAGAACGCUGCUUCAAGACUGCCUGAAACGCUGAAAUCUCUUACACCGUCUACGUACGAAUUGGGGCGAGUGCCGCCGUUUUGACUGUUUUUUUAAUGCAAUCGUUGUUUUGGUAGGCAUCCAAGCUCAAAGCACCCGUUUUUCGGUUUUUCAUCAUUCCUAGUCAAAUGAUGUAUGUACAUGGAGCUGAAAGUCAUAGCUUCAAAAAUUUAAAAAUUGUUCUGUAGUCUUGAAAACAAGGUCGUGGAGUGGUUUUGGCUCGGAUUCGUCUUUUAAUUUAACUGAGCUGGACCUCUUGCCCAUUUUGACUCAAAAUAUUUUUUAUGCGCACCAGCUUGUGCUAUAAUGGCGAUCGUUACGGACGCCAGAAUCCCGGUUCGGCUCGUAAAUACAGUAAAGCACAU